AUGUCGACUUUCGCCUGUCCACCGCCUUUCGACGAAUACUAUUGUCAUAACGGAGGUCGAUGUUUGGCCGAUCCCACUAGCGAAGGCGGAUUCACACCAUUUUGUCAAUGUCAAGCGAAUUUUUCGGGUCCAAGAUGUCAGAACACGUUCAACCCCAAUAUCUACGGCUUCGCGACUGUCGGCGUGGACAAUUCGGUUAGGCAGUACACGUUUAUGUUGUUGAUAAUGUUGUUGUUCUUGGUGAUUUUUAUGGGAUUUAUCUGGUAUCUGUACAGGACGUAAGUUUUUUGAUUUUUUGUUGAAGUCUAGGUAUGAUUUAGAAUAAGAUGGAUGAUAGUUGCUGUUUUGAACAUUUUUGGUGGUUUUUUAUGACAAUUUGGCAUAUUACUUUGUGAUUUACAUUGCUUUUUGAUUUGUUACCUAAAAUUUUAUUUAACAGAAAACGAUCACAAUUUUCUUCGAACGUUGGCAGAAAUAGGAAAAUUUUUGAGUUUUUAGAUCGAUUUCUUUAAAAACUUACAAAACUUAUUUUAGGCGACAAAUAGAAGACAACGAGACAGUGACAUUUGUAAACAGCCGUCCUUUAUGUUCAGACGGAUCGAUUCAAACACUGUCAGUGUGGACGGCAUGA